CAUUUAUGACCUCAAGUACUUGGUGUUCCCAGCAAAACAGGAGUUGACUGGCUUUUCUCCAGUUCUCAUAACCAAGGCAGCAGCUAAGGCAGUCAGAUAUUUCCAUAUUCUUGGAAUCACCAGCCAGGCCAGGCCCUCGUCACAAUGAAGUUUUCUGGAUAUGUGAGCAUCCUCAUGCUGUUCGUCCUCUUUGCAAACGUCCAGAGACCUGGUCUAACUGACUGGCUGUUUCCCAAGAGAUGCCCCAGAAUCAGAGAGCACUGUGAAUUCAGAGAAAGGGACCUAUGUACAAGGAACAGGCAGUGCCAGAAAAACGAGAAGUGCUGCAUCUUCAGCUGCGGAAAAAAAUGUAUAGACCCCCAACAAGAUGUAUGCAGUCUGCCAAAAGAUGCUGGCUUCUGCAUGGCUUAUUUUCCUCGUUGGUGGUAUAAUAAGGAAAAUGAUACCUGUGAUGUUUUCAUCUAUGGUGGCUGCCAGGGAAACAAUAACAACUUCCAAUCCCAAACCAUAUGCCAGAGUGCCUGCCAAAAGAAACAAAGAUGCCCUAGGUCUAAGGUACACUGUGAGUUCCAAGAAAAAGACCAAUGCACAAAGCAUACACAAUGCCCAGGGAAGCAAAAGUGCUGCAUGUUCGCCUGUGGAAAGAAAUGUAUAGACCUCAAUGCAGACAUUUGCAGUAUGUCAACUGAUUCUGGUCCCUGCUUCAAUUACACUCUUCGCUGGUGGUAUGACAAAGAAAAGAAACACUGCUCCAAAUUUCCCUAUGGUGGUUGCCUAGGAAACCUUAAUAACUUCCCAUCUGAAGCUGUCUGCACAGGCGUCUGCAAGAAAAAACGCUUAUUUUCCUGGUUCUGACGAGGAGAAGGAAGACCUUCCAGGACCUGGCCUCCUCCAGGUGUGUCUGACCACCACUCCGGAUUGGCUGCCAUCAGCUUAAUCUUAGCCACUCAGACCUUGGCUGUUCCAAACACCAAAUCCCAGAAUUUGCUUACUUUUUGCCCCCUCAGCUGCUCUUCUAACAAUGCCCUUCAACCUCUGACCCUUCCUCAGUGUCAGACCCUAGCUCUUCAAUUUUCAGACAUUUCAUUUCCCAGGAACUUCCAGUUCAUCCUAAUAAAAGACCCUGUGAGAGCUGA